AUGUUAUUCUUUUUAUCUCUUCUUCUUUCUUUUUCUUCUUCUUUUUUCUUCUCUUUCUUUUUUCUUUUUUCUUCUCUUUCUUUUUUCUUUUUUUCUUCUCUUCUUUUUUCUUCUCCUUUUCCUUCUUUAUUCUUCUUUUUCUCUUCUUUUUCUCUUCUUUUUCUUUAUUUCUUUUCUUUUUUCUUCUUUUUUCUUCUCUUUCUUUUUUCUUUUUUCUUCUCUUUCUUUUUCUUUUUUCUUCUUUUUUCUUCUUUUUUCUUUUUUCUUUUUCUUUUUUCUUCUCUUUCUUUUUUCUUUUUUCUUCUCUUUCUUUUUUCUUCUCUUUUUCCUUCUUUAUUCUUCUUUUUCUCUUCUUUUUCUCUUUUUUCUUCUUUUUCUUUAUUUCUUUUCUUUGUUCUUCUUUUUCUUUAUUUCUUUUCCUUUUCUUCUUUUUCUUUAUUUCUUCUCUUCUUUUUCUUUUAUUUUUCUUCUCUUCUUCUUUUUCUUCUUUUCUUCUUCCCUUCUUAUUUUUAUUGA